CUGUGCGCGCCUUCCGGCCCCUCCCUGUGCGCUGCCGGCAGCGAGACCGGCUGGCGUCCCCCUCGCGCUGAGCCGCGCCGGCUCCUCGGGCCCCGCGCGCCGCGAUGAAGUGUCACUACGAGGUGCUGGGGCUGGCGCGCGACGCCUCCGACGAGGAGCUGAAGCGGGCGUACCGGAGACUGGCGCUGCGCUGGCACCCAGACAAAAAUCUAGAAAAUGCUGAUGAAGCAGCGGAACAGUUUAAAUUAAUCCAAGCGGCAUAUGAUGUACUGAGUGAUCCUCAAGAAAGAGCAUGGUAUGAUAACCACAGGGAAGCUCUGCUGAAGGGAGGGGUUGAUGGAGAGUAUCAAGAUGAUAGUUUGGAUCUGCUGCGCUACUUCACUGUUAACUGUUACUCUGGAUAUGGUGAUGAUGAAGAGGGGUUCUUUGCAGUCUAUCGUCAAGUUUUUGAAAAUAUUGCAAAGGAAGAGAUGGAAUAUAUAUCUCAGGAAGAUAUUGAAGAAUUCCCUCCUUUUGGAUACUCUCAGAGUGAUUAUGAUAAGGUAGUCCAUCCUUUUUAUGCUUACUGGCAGAGUUUCUGUACUCAAAAGAACUUUGCUUGGAAAGAGGAAUAUGACACACGGCAGGCAUCAAACCGUUGGGAGAAACGAGCUAUGGAGAAAGAGAACAAGAAAACUAGAGACAAAGCAAGAAAGGAGAGGAAUGAACUGGUUCGUCAGCUAGUGGCUUUUAUUCGUAAAAGAGAUAAGAGAGUCCAGGCACACAGAAAACUCAUAGAAGAACAGAAUGCAGAAAAAGCUAGGAAAGCAGAGGAGCUUCGGAGACAGCAAAAACUCAAACAAGCUAAGCUUGGUGAGCAAUAUAAAGAGCAGAGCUGGAUAGCUAUGUCUGAUCUAGAGAGAGAAUUGCAGCAGAUGGAAGCACAGUAUGAAAAGGAAUUUGGAGAUGGAUCUGAUGAUGAAGAGGAAAGAGACGAACAGGAGCCAAGAGAAGGAAUAGAUGAUAAACUGAGUGAUGAAGCUGAAGGUGUUGAAUUUUAUGAUGACUUGUACUGCCCUGCUUGUGACAAAUCCUUAAAGACAGAGAAAGCAAUGAAGAACCAUGAAAAGUCAAAGAAGCACCGAGAGAUGGUAGCGCUGUUACGGCAACAGCUGGAGGAGGAGGAGGAGGAAUUUUCUGUAUCUACAGAUGACAAAAAUGAAGUGAAUACCAGAGAAGAUGAAGAAAUGGAAGAAACGCUCAAACAGAAACUCUCCAAGAAGAAGAAAAAGAAACAUAAAACGAUGACGACGUAUGAAGACUCUUUCAACAACAAAGCUACAGAUGACGCUACAGUUGAACAAAAAGAAGCUGACAGUGCAGACCAGGAGGACAGCAUAACAGAAGAAUUGGAAAAUGUUGGCCAAAAAAAUACUGCUUCUGAAAAAACAAGUGCUGCAGAAACUGUAGGUGAAGUUAAUGAACCAAAAAGUGAAGCAAAAAGCAUCCCUAAGCCUAAAGGAAAGAGAACCAAGGAUACAAAAAAAUCUGUUAAGGUAACUUCAGAGCUUCAAGACAAGAAUGAAGAUAUUCCUAUCCACUGUAUAACCUGCGAUUGUGAAUUUCAGUCCCGGAAUAAACUGUUUGAACACUUAAAGGCUACAGGCCAUGCAAAAGCAAUGCAAGCACCAGCUGCAAAUGGUGCUGGGAAUAGCAGAAGCAAAAAAGAGAAACGUAAAAACAGAUAGGACUUCUUGAUUGUUUUAAACUUUUGUUUUUGGAUGCAUAUCUGAAGAAAACACUCAAAACCAAAGGACAGGAAUCCUACAGUCUAAAUUAAAUUGGGAAGCAGUUCUUGGGUCUGCGGCAGUUUGUGUGGCAAAACAUUUUUAUCUUGUGCAAAAAUUUGUUUAAUUUUUUACCAAUGACUGAACUUCAUCUUGCCAUUCCAGGGGCUUUAAAGUCUUGAAAAAAAUAACACACAUUCUUAAAGCUGGUUGUCAUCAAUACCCAGUGGGACUUGUAUGAAUGAAAGUGUACAGGGGGAGAAAAUAAAUUAUUUUAACACGUUGUUCUUUUUA